AUGGGGAGAACAUUGUAUGUCGGCUUAACAAAUCUCUAUAUGGACUUAAACAAGCCUCCAGAAAUUGGUUUUACACAUUUUCAGUCACCAUUUAGAAAGCUGGUUAUCAACGGUCAAAAGCUGAUUGUUCUCUUUUUACAAAGGCCCAAGGAUUCUGGUCUUACAGGGGCACACCCAGACAAAUUUCCAAUGGAACAAAAUUUGAAACUCGCUCCCAUCGACGGAGCAUUGUUAGAUGAUCCCACCAAGUAUAGAAGACUAGUCGGACGUUUGAUUUAUCUUACUGUCAUCAGGCCUGACAUACUAUUUUCAAUCCGCACAUUAAGUCAAUUCAUGCACGAGCCUCGCAAACCUCAUUGGGAUGCAACUUUACGAAUUCUCAAGUACAUUAAAGGUACUCCUGGUCAAGGUUUGUUAUUUCCUGUUUCCAACAAUCUUGAAUUAAAGGCCUUUUGUGAUUCCGAUUGGGGCGGUUGUCGUGCCACAAAAAGGUCAGUUACUGGGUAUUGUGUCCUUGGAAAUUCCCUCAUCUCAUGA